AUGGACUCCGCCCGGAGCUGGCUCCAGAAGCUGCAGAAGGACAAGGCCAGGCCGGGCGCGUCGCCCCUCGGCGCCGGGAUGGCCGGGGACGACGAGGACGAGCCGGUGCUGUCCAGCGCCACCAAGCAGAAGGUUGAGGCCGCCAAGCAGUGCAUCGAGAACCACUACAAGGCGCAGAUGAGGUCGCUCCAGGAGCGCAAGGAGAGGCGUUAUGUUGUAGGCGUUGGAUGCUGGAGAAGAAGCUUGCUGAUGCUGAUGUAUCUGAAGAGGAGCAAAACCAUAUCCUGA